UUGAGAGUUAUCGCCUGGCCUUCCCUGCACCCGUCCCCAUCGACAUUGGAUCUGGAGAAGCAAUCAUGGGUGCUGGACCGCGUUACCCCUACCCUAAGGAAGUGUGGAGCCCAGCUGGCGGCUGGUGGACAAGGCCUACCAAUUGGGUCAGCAACACCGCCAUCUGCGCCGUCGGAAUCGCUGUCGCCUCUUACGGACUCUGGAGCUAUAGCGCCGACCGAGAGUGGCGUCACAACCCUCCCACGAAGCCCAUUCCCAGCAUGUUGUGGGCUCGACAGUUCCAGGAGGGCGAGAUGAAGGUCAAGGAACCUUGAGAGGAAGGAAUCGUACAUUUCAUAACGCUUUCAGCCUUUCAUUAGGAACC